AAUCGAAGAAGAAAAAUAAUAUAAAAUAAAUUUAAGGUUAGAAAUGCUUCAUAAUUGCAGCGUAUAUAAACAAUUUUGGAGAAAUAAUGCUAUCGUUGGUUAAUUAUGCCAGUAGUGAUGAUGAAAAUGACUCAAAAAAUGAAGAAAGUGCUCCUCAUAAGACAGAAGACGUUCCUAACCCCGAAAAACCUAGUGACGAUUCAGAAUUCUCUGUAAAGAAGCAGUUGCAAAUUUGUGCAGCCCCCCUUGUUAUUCCUACUGGUUCAGAAGAAUGUGCAAGGUAUGUGGAUCCGUCAGCUUCAGAAGUCCUAUUUAAUCCCAAAUAUGAUGAGCUUUUUGCACCUAUGGUUGGUCCUGAAAAUCCUUUUAAAACUCAACAAAUGCAGGCAGAGAGGAACAUAUUGUCUGGAUAUGUUGAACCAGCACAUAUAAGUGAAUUUCAAUUUGAAAAUCAAAGAAGAACUUUUAACAGUUAUGGUUAUGCCUUGGAUCCAACUAUAGGUGAAACUACUGACCCAAAUAAAGUUGUGGGAUCUAGCCAAUUAGCAGAGGAAAGUAAAGGAAAGACAGUGUUUGAAAGUACAAAGUUACGACCAUUAGAUAAACGAAAAAGAAAGAAGAAUAAUGAUCCAAGUGAUAUAGAUGGAUUUCUUGGACCUUGGGGUGGCUAUGAAAAUGAACAGAGGGUUGUUAAGCCUUCUGAAGAAGAGGCUGCAGAACUGGAAGAACUUGUUUCCAAAAAGAACAAGAGAGGAAAGAUUGUAGAAGAAAAUCCUAUUGAAGAAAAGACAACAUUGCAUAUUAAAGAUGCUGUGGACUAUCAAGGACGCUCAUUUCUACAUGCUCCUCAAGAUGUAGGUGUCAAUUUACGUUCAGAUUCACCACCUGAAAAAUGUUUCUUACCAAAAGCUCAUAUACACACAUGGUCAGGUCAUACAAAAGGAAUUGCAGCAGUCAGAUGGUUUCCACGCACUGCACAUUUGUUACUUUCAGCAAGUAUGGAUUGUAGAAUAAAGUUAUGGGAAGUAUAUAAUGAAAGAAGAUUAAUUCGAACUUACUUUGGUCACAGGCAGGCUGUUAGGGACAUCAAUUUCAAUAACUCAGGAAAAGCAUUUUUAUCUGCUGCUUAUGACCGUUACAUAAAAAUGUGGGAUACUGAAACUGGUCAAGUAAUGUCUCGAUUUACAAGUAGAAAAAUCCCCUACUGUGUUAAGUUCCAUCCUGAUAAGAACAAACAGAACUUAUUUGUAGCAGGGACAUCUGAUAAAAAAAUACUAUGUUGGGAUAUAAGAUCUGGGGAUAUUGUUCAAGAAUAUGACCGACAUUUAGGAGCUGUGAACACUAUUACGUUCGUAGAUGAAAAUAGGCGCUUUGUAACUACAUCUGAUGACAAAAGCUUGAGGGUGUGGGAAUGGGACAUCCCAGUAGAUAUGAAGUAUAUUGCCGACCCUACGAUGCACUCAAUGCCCGCUGUUACUUUGGCCCCAAAUGGAAAGUGGCUUGCAUGUCAGAGUAUGGACAACAAAAUUGUAAUUUUUUCAGCAUUAAACAGAUUUAAGAUGAAUCGGAAGAAAACAUUUACCGGGCAUAUGGUAGCGGGAUAUGCGUGUUCAUUAGACUUUUCGCCAGACAUGAGUUAUUUAGUGUCAGGUGACGCAGAUGGUAAGUGUUAUAUUUGGGACUGGAAAACAACAAAAUUAUUCAAGAAAUGGAAAGCCCAUGACAACGUUUGCAUCAGUGCCCUUUGGCAUCCCCAUGAACCAAGCAAAGUAGUCACUGCAGGAUGGGAUGGUGUUAUCAAAUACUGGGACUAAGUAGCCGUUAAGCAUGUACAAAAAUUAUUUAGUGUAUAUGUUACUAUAUGUUCUUAUCACAUUACCAACAAAACAAAUAAACAUUUUAUUUUUGAUGGG